ACCGUGUAGUGUAAAUUAUUUUAGUUUAGGUUAAAUGUAGACAAUGGUGUGAACAAUAAACGGAUUAAAGUGGCGAAUAGUGAGAAAAAUAAAUAUUAUUAUACAAUUUUUUAUUCAAAAGUUACUCAGGAAAAGUAAUACAACUUACCGACAACAUGUCGACCAAAGACAGAGUAACAAUAUGCGCCGCAGAAAUUGGAGGAACAGCCAUGCUCGUUUUUUUGGGUUGCAUGGGCUGUGUUAGCUCCUUGGCUUCCGGAGGUGUAAUUCCCCACGAACAAAUUUCCUUUACUUUCGGAUUAGCUGUAAUGGUAGCAGUCCAGACUUUUGGACACGUUUCAGGAUCACACAUUAACCCAAUAGUGACUGUCGCAGCGGCAACUUUGGGAGAUAUAGCUUUAAUUCAGGUUCCAGUUUACUUUGUCGGACAAAUGAUUGGAGGAUUGUUAGGAUAUGCUCUUCUUUUGGUUGCAACCCCUGAUGUUUACAUGGGCAACGUAUACAACAACAGCACUGGUGCCAAAAUUGGAACAGGAGUAUGCUCGCCAGCCAUUAAUCCCUUAAUAAGCGCCCCUCAAGCUCUCUUCGUAGAAUUUAUGUUGUGCUUAAUCCUCGUCCUUUUCUGCUGUGGUGUUUGGGAUUCCAGAAAUAGCACAAAGCACGAUUCCGUAGCUAUUCGAUUUGGUCUUCUCAUUGCUGUAUUGGCAAUGGCAGGAGGACCGUACACUGGGGCUAAUAUGAACCCAGCAAGAAGUUUUGCACCUGCGUUGUUUAAUGGCGACUGGAACCAUCACUGGGUCUACUGGCUAGGUCCACUGUCGGCUGGAUUUGUCGGAGCUGUUCUCUACCGUUUGAUCUUCAGAAAGACUGAACCUUCUUCUAAAGAAACCUUACCUUUGCCCGAAUCGUUUCCGCUCAAUCCCAAAGCAUGAGAGUUCUAAUUCCUAGGGAUACUUUAUGAAACUCUACAACAUUGUUUACAGUUGUUUAUUCUUUUUUGAAUGAUCUAAUGUUUAUUGUAUUUUGUUAUAAAUAAAUUUAAUAUAAAAUAUA